AUUGUCAUCCCUCUCUCUCUCUCUCCCUCUCUUUCUUCCUCGCUCCACCAGCAAACCGUCCUCGUUUACUUAGCCCUCGUCCUUUUUUGUCUUGAUCUCCUACAAGCACAUACACGCCACCCUGCUUCUCUCUCUCUCUCUUCCCCCCAAAAGCUAUCUCUGCUCGCUCCUCUACGCUUUGACUACCAAUUCAUCAGGAACCCAAUCCAUUUCCAGGCAAUGGGUGCUUCAGGGAAAUGGCUCAAAUCGCUGAUUCCUCUCAAAAAGAUCCCUUCUUCCGCCGCCGACCUCGAGAAGCGAGGAGGAGAUGGGAAGGGAGGAGGGAAGAAGAAAUGGAAGCUGUGGAGAAGCUCAUCCGAAGGGUUUAAUCAUCCCUCGUCAUCUGCUUCCUCUGCUUGUUCUUCUUCUUCUCCGUCCGUCGAGGGUUUCAAAAGGGUGGUUCAAUCCGAUGAGUACAACAACUUUACUUCCUUUUCAAACGACGACUCUUUCACCGUCGCCAUGGCCACCGUUGCCAGAGCUCCGGCCAAGGACUUCAUUGCGGUCAAGAAAGAAUGGGCUGCCAUCCGGAUCCAAACCGCCUUCCGAGGCUUGCUGGCAAGGAGGGCAUUGAGGGCUUUAAGAGCAGUGGUUAGAAUUCAAGCCAUAUUCCGCGGCAGGCAGGUUCGAAAGCAAGCUGCAGUGACACUAAGGUGUAUGCAAGCUCUAGUUCGAGUUCAGGCUCGAGUUAGGGCAACAACUGUGGGAAUGCCAGAAGGGCAAGCUGUCCAGCAGAUGCUGGAUGCUUAUAGAAACCAUGCUGAUCCCACUAAGCAAGCUGAGAAAGGUUGGUGUAACAGUCCUGGAACAGUUGAUCAAGUCAGAACAAAGUUGCAAAUGAGGCUAGAAGGAGCUCUCAAGAGAGAAAGAGCUAUUGCAUAUGCCCUAUCCCAACAGGCAGUGAAAACAUGUCCAAGCCCGGGUAGGAAGACCGGCAGCAAUUCUAAGCAGCAGCCAAUCGUCCCCCCCAAGCAUCAUCAAAAGGGGGAUGAAUACAACCCACUCGGAUGGACCUGGCUCGACCGUUGGAUGGCAGCAAAGCCAUGGGAGGGCAGGUUGAUGGAGGAAAGCAGCAGCCACAGCCAUGCGAGAGCUGAUUCACUAGAGGUCUCUCCUACGCAACCACCACAACCACAACAACCUCUCUUGUCAAGAAAAAGUGCUGACAACAUGUACACAUCAUCAACUUGCUCCUCAAAGCUCAAGCACCAUGAGCCUCCUCCUUCCUUGUCGGUAAAGGUGAGGAAGAACAAUAUGAGCACUCGAGUCUCAGCCAAACCAACACCUCCCAUGGUGGUUCAUCAUCAUAAUCAUGGUACUAAUGGCUCAUCUUCAACCCUGAGUUCUGAGACACUCUACGAGGAAACCAGCUUCCUGUCAACAAAUUCAUCUACAUCUGUUGAUCAAGAACAGCAGAGUUGUAGCGAGAAGCAGCAGCAGCCGCCGAGCUACAUGAGCCUCACGGAAUCAACCAAGGCGAAACAACUGAAGGCGGCUACUUGGAGUAGGCAUUGUAGCAAUGCUGCUCUUCAGAGGAACCAGUUGAUCGAGGAGGAGGAAGAGGAUGAUGAUGAGUUAUACUGCAUGAGAUCAAUGCCACUGUCCAGAGAUCUUUACCCUCCCAUUCCACAGGGCAAGAAGACAUUAGUAUGA